AAUAUUCUGCAAAAAUAAUCUUUCGAUUCUAAAGCAAGAUUUUCACCUAUUUCUCUGGAACUACUUCUCAUACUGAUCCAAAGCAAAGAAAAGAGGACAAAUAAGAAUAGUGAGAAUAGCAGGGAAGUGUGCUUAACAGCCCUGAACUCUUGAGCCAGGUUUGAAAAUGACUUCUUAUACGUCAUCAAACCACACACACACACCCCGUGGGAGGGAAAGUCUAAGUAAGAAUGCACAGUUUAGCCUGUGUAGAAAUGCCCUUUUGCGCUCCUGGUAGCUGUCCUGUGGCGCUGAGCUGCAGGCCUCUCCUCUGAUACCGCUGGCCAUCACGGAUUAACAGGGAACUCACCCAAAACAAUGCGAAAGCUCUAACGACUACAGGCGAACAUCAGUAGAAGAAAUUACAGCCACAUCUUUUUUUUCUCCACCUAGUCUACAUCAGUUCAAACGUCACUCUGCUCCAUUGGCCAUGACGACUGUUGCUAUGACGAUUCUGCUCCUAUCUACUAGCAGCUUGCUACUGCAUUGUUCAGCCCUCCCCUUCCAGCAGAGAGGAUUUUGGGAUUUUGGCAAGGACAUUGAUGUUAGAGACCUGAUGAUGACAAUGAUGAAGGACCAAGAAGAAGGGUCAGCAUUUGAAGAGGUGUCUCCACCAGAUCAUCCCACGUGUCCUUUUGGCUGUGUGUGUCAGCUCCGAGUGGUCCAGUGUUCGGAUCUCGGUUUGACUCAUGUGCCAUACGACAUUCCCCCCGACACACUCUUACUGGACCUGCAGUGCAACAUGAUUACAGAAAUCAGAGAGGGAGACUUCAAAGGCCUCACCAACCUUUAUGCCCUGGUUUUGAGGAAUAAUCAGAUCUCCAGAGUGCACCCACGUGCCUUCCUGCCAUUGAAGCGCAUGCAGAAGCUCUACAUGUCCCAUAACCAACUCACUUCCAUCCCACGAAACCUGCCCGCUUCACUCGUGGAGCUGCGUAUCCAUGACAACCACAUCCAAAAGGUGUUGGCAGGGACCUUCUCCGGGAUGGGGAACAUGCACGUGAUUGAGAUGGGCCGUAACCCCUUACAGAACAGUGGCUUCGAGCCUGGAGCCUUUACUGGCCUUAAGCUGAACUAUCUGCGCAUCUCUGAGGCCAAACUCACUGGCGUGCCAAAAGACUUGCCUGAGAGUCUUCACGAGCUCCAUGUGGACCAUAAUCAAAUACAGGCCAUCGAACUUGAGGAUCUCAGCCAAUAUAAGCAUCUCCAAAGGCUUGGGCUCAGUUUUAACCAUAUUCGCCACAUUGAACAUGGUGUUUUGUCUUAUCUGCCCAACCUGAGAGAGCUACACCUAGAUAACAAUCGUCUGUCCAGUGUGCCCUCGGGCCUACCUGAGAGUAAAUAUUUGCAGGUGGUCUACCUGCACUCCAACAACAUCAGCUCCAUUGGGCUGGAUGAUUUCUGUCCUACAGGCUUUGGGAUGAAGAGGGUUUUCUACAAUGGCAUCAGUCUCUUCAGUAACCCCAUCCACUACUGGGAGGUUCAGCCAGCCACGUUCCGCUGUGUCAGUGAGAGGACGGCCGUGCAGUUUGGGAACUACAAGAAAUAAAUACACAAGCACGCACGCACGCACACACACACACACACACACACACAUAUAUAUGCACACCCACAUAUACGCGCACACACACACAUACAUGCCCAGUCUGCUGGAAGAAAAGGAGAAGUUAUCAUGUUUAACAUGCAGAUCAGCGAAGCAGAAGUGGGUUCAGCUCAUACUUGAUCAAAUUCUUAAUCACAAUCAAGCAUUUGUGCCAUAUUAUUUCAAAACCUUUGUUUUCUAAAUGAUUUUUGGCUCAGAAUCAUUGUGUUUGUUUAAUAGCAUUUCAAAUGCAAUUUUUGGGAUUUAUUAUGGUUUGGUUAAGGGUCACUGUUAUGCCCUACACCUACAGAUAAAAGCCACAUACCUUUUAUACACUAAUUUAGAUGCACACUAACGCUUCAAUGUCAAUAAAUGACUAAGAUUUUAUAAUGAUGAUGACAUCGUACCAAUUAUUUUUUUAA